UUCCUGCCUCUCCUGUCUUCCAGAUGUUCCUUAAAGUUGCCGGAGGAAAGCUCCAUCUGCGAGCCCAGCCUUAGAACUGCGAGGAACCAGACCGCAGCGCUGGAAAGUUUUGAUAAGCAAAUGCGGCCGGCCACGCACCCUCGCCAUUGGCUGCUGCGUCGCCGCCAGAUUUUGACACAAAUAAUCAGAUUGAAAAUCAGGGAGGGGAACAGAAGAGGGGAAAAAAAAAACCCAUAGAGGCAGAGAGAAAAGGAGAAGUAUCUAUCUGUGCAGUCGAGAAAUUGACGGGAAGGAGAGCAGUCGCCCGGGACAGGGCGUGGAGCUUCCCACGGGACCCCGGAGGAGCUCCGCGGGGCCGCCAGGCAGACACAUUAAAAGAUGCCACGCUCCUUCCUGGUGAAGAGCAAGAAGGCUCACACCUACCACCAGCCCCGCACCAAGGAGGACGACCCGGUCUGGUCCCCUGCCCUGAGCCCUGGGGCUGGGGCCCAGGUUCUGAGCAGCAGCCCUGCAUCCUGCGCGCUGCUCCCGACCCCAUGCUCUGACUGGAACGACGCGAAGUGGGAGACAGAGCUGGGCCUGGACCAGAGCUUGCCCAGGACAGCUGCGGUGCCAGACAAGGGGCCCGCGGUGGCGUCCCGGCCACAGGACGGCCACUCCCUGCUGUCGGAGUCGCCCCCUCUCUACAAGCCCAGCUUUCUGUGGGACGCCCUGGCCCCAUCCUUCGGACCCAGCUACCCGCAGCCACCGUCCGCCAUUGAGUCGGCCUUCCUGGAGCGUGCCGUGCGGCUGUACGGCAGCCCCCUGCUGCCCGGUGCAGAGUCACCCCUGGACUUCAGCCUGCGCUACUCGCCGGGCAUGGACACCUACCACUGUCUGCAGUGCAGCAAGGUCUUCUCCACGCCGCACGGACUGGAGGUGCACGUCCGCCGCUCCCACAGUGGCACGCGGCCCUUCGCCUGCGACGUGUGUGGCAAAACCUUCGGCCACGCCGUGAGCCUGGAGCAGCACACGCACGUCCACUCCCAGGGGAUCCCGGCCGGGUCCAGCCCGGUGCCCAGCGUGGGCCGCGAGGCCCCACCUGCUCCUGACCCCCCGGGGCCUCGUUUCCUCCGGCAGGAGCGCAGCUUCGAGUGCCGGAUGUGCGGCAAAGCCUUCAAGCGCUCGUCCACGCUGUCCACGCACCUCCUCAUCCACUCGGACACGCGGCCCUACCCCUGCCAGUACUGCGGCAAGCGCUUCCACCAGAAGUCGGACAUGAAGAAGCACACUUACAUCCACACGGCCUUCAAGCGCUCGUCCACGCUGUCCACGCACCUCCUCAUCCACUCGGACACGCGGCCCUACCCCUGCCAGUACUGCGGCAAGCGCUUCCACCAGAAGUCGGACAUGAAGAAGCACACUUACAUCCACACGGGUGAGGCGCGGGCGGGCGGGUGCCGUGCUCAGCGGCCGCAGCCUGGCGCGCUAUUUCACCUGCGACCUCUGCACCAAGGGCUUCCAGCGCAAAGUGGACCUGCGGCGGCACCGGGAGAGCCAGCACAGCCUCAAGUGAGGCCGCCGUCCGCAGCCCGCUGCCUGGGCUCCGCGUCCCUGGCCGGCUCGGGGUCACGAUGGGCGUGCGUCUCCCUCGGACAUCACGGCUCUUCCUGA